AUGGAACUGCCGAGAGAGCUCGUUCAGGAUGUAGAGACAGAGCCUGGCAAGAUAGUGAAGGCCAAGGCUAGGCUUGUAGCGAAGGGCUUCAAGCAGAAGUAUGGUGUGGAUUAUCUUGAGACUUUCUCGCCUACUGCAAAUGCUGCAUCAAUCCGUUUGGUAUUAUACUUCGAAGUAGUAGCAUUGGCGUGCAAGUAUGACUUGGAAUUUCUCCACUUUGACAUUGAGCGAGCGUUUGUUCAGUCGGAAUUGGAUCACGAGGUGUCCAUGGAGUUGCCUCCUGGCUGCAAGCCGAUGUCAGGAAAGGUCGUUCGUUCGGACAGGAGUUUGGUUGGACUGAGUCAGGCAUGUAGAACAUUUCACAAGAGACUUGUGUCGAACCUGAAGAGGAUUAUUGUCGAACAAUCUCUAUCUGACCCCUGUGUUGUGCGUUUCACGAUGAGAAACGAGGUGAUGGGUAUGAUCGCGAUUCAUGUGGAUGACAUUCUGUAUGGAGGAAUUGAGAGCCUUGCCAGGAUAGUUGUGCAAGCGCUAUGUGACUCUUUUCACACGAAGAAUUUUGGCGAGGUCAAGUUCUUUCUUAGUUGCGCAUUUAGUCGCGACCGCGAGGCUGGCACGAUUGAGAUGUCUCAAGAGAGUUGCGUCAGGAGUGUUCUUGAGAGAUUCAAUAUUUGUCGCACCAGCUCGAUCCCUGCUUCCCCUGCUAGUGAUUACAGGUCCGUGAUCGAGGAGGAGAAGGCAGGGGAUGCGCCGUUCCGGGAGGUGGUGGGGAGCCUGAUGUGGAUCGCCAACCAGACGAGACCCGACAUCUCAAAUGCUAUGCAGGCGGUGGCGAGGCACUCUCACGAGCCAAAGAAAAGCCACUGGAAGGCGGGCCAGAAGAUUCUGAAUUAUCUUCUGGAGACGGCAUAUCUAACUUUGAAGUACAAGCAGGACACUAUGGUAGACGUAGGCACGUUGGUGUACGUAGGCGCAGACUUCGCCAGUAAGGCCACUGACCGCAGAAAUGUGUCACACGUUGAAGCAGAGUAUGUUGCGAUGGGUGACGGUGUAAAAGAGGCUCUGUUUGUCAACGGAAAGCUCGAGUUCUUGAGGCCUAGUGAUGAAAUUGGUAAGAUUCAGGUACGAGGACAACGAAGGUGCGAUUGCACGUGCUCAGAAUCCACUUAGUUCGUGUAACAGUAAAGCACAUUGACGUGAGGCACCACUUUCUUAGGGAUUUGACAGAGAAGGGAGUGUUGAAAAUCAGAAAUGUCUCUAGCGAAGGACAGAAUGCGAACAUUCUGACGAAGGCUCUGCCGAG